AAUACAGAUAGAUAGAUCUAGCAAAUCGCGCCGCCCCAGCCGAUGGCAGCAGCAGCAGCAGGGUGGGCCGACCUCCCACUCGACAUGCUGGACGAGGUCAUCGCGCGCCUCCCGAUCCCCGGCGACCGUGCCCGCUUGGCCGCCGUGUGCCGCGCAUGGCGCUCCGCCGCGCGCGAGGUCGUGAGCCACCUCCCGUGGAUCGUGCUCCCAUACGGCACCGCCUGCACCGCCGGCCACGGCGCGGCCUGUUCCGCCUUCCGGAUCCCCGGGUUCCCCGACGACACCACCUGCCUCGGCGCCGCCUACGACUGCUGGCUCGCCCUCGACCGCACGGACGACGUGGUCCGGCGCACGCCCUUCCGGGACACAGGGCGCUUCGUCAGGGGCGAGUGGGAGGAGGUCGUGUACUCCAGGCCCGACGUGAAUCACAAGCACGUCUACGCGCUGCACAACCCCUUCAGCAACGUCACCGUGCCCCUCCCGGACCUGGACGCCGUCAUUGGCCAUGUCGCCGAGACCUUCCGGGUGCUUAAAGUGCUCAUGCGUUCGCCGGCUCCCGACGACCUCAUCGCCGUCACGACCAACAGCUGGAACUGCAACGUCAUCUUGUGUCGUCCUGGGAAGGGCACGUGCGUGCUACCCUAUUACAGGGUCGUGGACGUCGCGUUCCUUGGCGGCGACACGCUGUACGGAAUCACCUCCGGUGAGGAACUCAUUGCCUUCCACCUCGGCGAGGAUGACAUACCUGAUGUUACCAAGAUCGAGCUAGUCAUCAAGAACCCGUUGGCCUGUUAUUAUUAUGAAUGUGGAUGGGUGUGGCCAGAAGAAGUACUAGUUGACUACACUAGCAACGAGGAGGAUGAUUAUUAUUACACGGAUGAGGAGGAGGACCCGGAGGAUAUAAACGAAGAAGAGGCAGCCGAUGAUGAGCCAGCGGACCAACAAGCAUUGGAGGACAGCUUCAACGGCGACGAGAUGGUCUCGGACAACGAGGUGCUUGGAGCCAAGGACAAGGACUUGCUACUUACGGGUCGAUACCUGGUGCAGUCGCUGAGCGGGGAGCUACUGCUCGUGAGGCACCAUAGGCGGGCAUGCCCGCAUUGCCUAGGCCGCACUUGCAAUCUCGAGGUCUUCAAGGCAGAUUUUAGCGCGGGCAAGUGGGUGGCCGCCGGAUUGGCCAAGGACGAGGCGAUUUUUCUCAGUCGAUCGCACAGCAAGUGCGCUCGCGCACGCAGAGGCAUCAGGCAAGGCUUUGUUUACUAUACAACACGUAUCAACGACGUGUUCGACACCACAUCCAGCACUGUUCGUGCCAUUACAGUUGGGUGGCCACGGCUAUGCGUAGCGGAGAAAUCGGGAUGGUUUUUCCCUCCGGAGCUUGUGGUUUGACAGAGUUGUGCUGGUGUCUCUGACUAUUUUCAUCCACAUUUCUUUUAAUUAGGUCUAGUGCUUCUUCUUCUUUUUUGCAAACUAUAAUACAUCGACUCAACAAGCCUGUCCAUCCCAAACUGCCUGAAAUUCAUGUUUUGUAUCCACAGAGAGGUAAGUGUUUUUGAGCUGAUGGUCAAAUAGCUGCAAAAGUUUUGUACGGAAACCUAUCUGUCCAAGAUAACCAACUCUUGUGACUUGUGAUCAGCACGAUAUUCAAAUAGAAUGUUCAAACUUU